GGCCAAACAAGGUAAGAGGGGAGGUAUCCAGACUCUUGAAGAUAGACGAGGUCGACAACCAAGCUGCUGUCAAAUCCAGCAGGCGUGUGGCAGUAAUCUAGAAUAUCGACGACCAGAUGACGAUAGGUAGGAUGGUAUGUUGCCACGACCGUGUACUUAUCGCAAUUGAUGGAGUCUGGUACCAAAGGACGACCCAAUCUCGAGAGCGGGGCUCUAUACCCAGCCGGGGGAAUCAGAGCUGUGAAUAUCGAGACGAAAGACGAACCCGUGGGUGCGGUUUUGAACGUCGAGACACGGUCCACCACACCUGGUCCGUCUGGUCCAACCGGCGGCGAACUGUCGCUGUUUCUGCGACCCCGUCUCAAGUUGAGGUGGUCAGCGAUCAUGUCACUGAUGAUCUCAUCUCGAUCCUUGUUCUGGAUGCUGGAGAGUAUCGUCAUUGCACGGCCAUCCCACUUGGGCUUCUCGCCAUGUGGAGGAGUGUUGUCCGGUGCAUUCUGCUUAGGGGGUCUAUCCGGCACACCGUCGCUGGAAGUAGCCGCAACACCGCCACGAGUAGCUCCGUAUCUCGGGAUUUCCACUGUUCUUAUCAGCUCCUCGGUCAUUGGAGUUGUCUGGCCACUGUGAAUGAUGGGCGGCCGAUUUCUGGUUCCUCCCUUAGCCUUGGAACGGGCCAGAUCUUCCUCUUGUUUGAUUUUCAGGAUGUCCCGUUCGUACUCGACACGAUGGCGAGCGAGCAUUGUCUCCAAGAUUGCUUCAAUCUCAACAUCGGUGGGCUGUUUACCUGUGGGGGUGGUGGGACUCGAGGCACCCGGGGCCGGGCGAACUUGUCCAACAGCAGCACCGGUCGGGGUAAUGUCGUUGUCCUCAUAGGGUUCGGCAUCAUCUGACAAAGAAAACGGAGGGAUCUCAGGCAACAGUUCCUCCGAGGGCAUUCUGAGCCGCACCGGGGGUGGAUCACGCUUUCCGGGACUCUCUUCUAGAGCUGGAAUCAUCAUCUGCCGCCGUACAACCUGGGAUUUUACCGCAGCUGCCUCCACCUUGCGAGUGUCCUUCAGUGACAACUCACUACCAACUGAGCCAUCCGAGCCCUCAUCGUCGGAGCCAAAAAUAGC